UGUUGCGCAGUAUAAGGGGCGGGGCUGUCGUCCGGGCCCUCUAUAAAAGCAGACGUGCUCCUCCCUUUGCGCUCUCAGCUCUUCUCCCAAGCUCGCUGCCAGGAUCCUCUGCUGCAGUUGCAUCCUUUAGACAAGAUGGUGAAGGUCGGAAUCAAUGGAUUUGGCCGUAUUGGACGCCUGGUGACCAGGGCAGCAUUCCACUCCGAUAAAGUAGAAGUUGUGGCCAUCAAUGACCCCUUCAUUGACCUCGACUACAUGGUUUACAUGUUCCAGUAUGAUUCCACUCAUGGCAAAUUCAAGGGCACUGUAAAGGCAGAGAAUGGAAAGUUGGUGAUCAAUGGAAAAGCCAUUACCAUCUCCCAGGAGCGGGAUCCCGCCAACAUUAAAUGGGGAGAUGCUGGAGCCGAGUACGUUGUGGAGUCCACUGGCGUGUUUACCACCAUGGAAAAGGCUGGGGCUCACUUGAAGGGUGGAGCCAAGCGCGUCAUUAUCUCUGCCCCCUCUGCUGAUGCCCCAAUGUUCGUGAUGGGGGUGAACCACGAGAAAUACGAUAACUCCCUCAAGAUCGUCAGUAAUGCCUCCUGCACUACCAACUGCUUGGCCCCCCUGGCCAAAGUCAUUCACGACAACUUCGGCAUUGUGGAAGGACUCAUGACCACAGUCCAUGCCAUUACCGCUACCCAGAAGACAGUAGAUGGCCCCUCUGGCAAGCUGUGGCGUGAUGGGCGUGGGGCUGCCCAAAAUAUCAUCCCUGCUUCCACCGGUGCCGCCAAGGCUGUGGGCAAGGUCAUACCCGAGCUGAACGGGAAGCUCACAGGCAUGGCCUUCCGUGUUCCCACUCCCAACGUGUCCGUGGUGGAUCUGACUUGCCGCCUGGAGAAAGCUGCCAAAUACGAUGACAUCAAGAAGGUGGUGAAGCAAGCGUCAGAGGGAGCCUUAAAAGGCAUCUUGGGCUACACAGAGGACCAGGUUGUAUCCUGUGACUUUAACAGCGACACCCACUCUUCUACCUUCGAUGCUGGCGCUGGCAUUGCGCUCAACGACCAUUUUGUCAAGCUCAUUUCUUGGUAUAUGGUGCAGGGAGGGGUGAAUACUGAAGAGGGAGGGGUAGGAGGAGCUCCAGAGGAGGCCCAGCUCUCACUUACCCUUGGUCUGUUUUCCUAGGUAUGACAAUGAGUAUGGUUACAGCCACCGCGUAGUAGACCUCAUGGCGUACAUGGCCACCAAGGAGUAAAGUGGAAAGCCGUGGAUCUUCGUCCCCAGUCAAAAAAGAGUAGUUCCACCACUGGGGAGCCCAUGCCCCGUUCACAUCCCUGCCCCGAAGCCCCUCUGUAGUGGGGGGAGGAGCAUAGAGUCCUAUCUUGUGUACCAUCAAUAAAGUCAUCACAUUCAGUGCA